AUGUCGCGCCACCACCCCGACCUCGUCAUGUGCCGCAAGCAGUCCGGCAUCGCCAUCGGCCGGCUCUGCGACAAGUGUGACGGGAAGUGCCCCGUGUGCGACUCGUACGUGCGCCCCACGACGCUCGUGCGCAUCUGCGACGAGUGCAGCUUCGGCAACUACCAGAACAAGUGCGUCGUGUGCGGCGGCGAGGGCAUCUCCGACGCCUUCUACUGCUUCGAGUGCACUCGCCUCGAGAAGGACCGCGACGGCUGCCCCAAGAUCAUAAAUCUCGGCAGUUCGCGGACGGAUCUGUUCUAUCAAAAGAAAACGAAUCGGACGGGGUACUAG